AUGGAGCUCUCGAUCUCGCAGUCACCGCCGUCUUCGUUUCUCGCCUCGUUUCUUAGCAGCUUCUCAUCAUCAUCCUCCGUCGCAUUUAGCUGGGAAGUUUGUAAGCCGCUCUACAAAUGUUGGCUUCCCGAGCUUAUCAACUCCGAGAAUGCGGUACGAGGUUUCCUGCUGAAUUUUGGUGUGUACCAUGCUACAAGAGCUGCUCUUGGACUUCCGUUUCAGUGGAGUGCGCCUGUGGCUUUCAUCACGUCUUUUGUGAAAUUGUUUGCACUGGUCAUUGCUAUUACAAAAGAUCUUCCUGAUGUUGAAGGAGAUCGCAAGUUCCAAAUAUCAACACUAGCAACAAAGCUUGGAGUGAGGAACAUUGCAUUCCUCGGUUCUGGACUUCUGCUGGUGAACUAUAUUUCUGCCAUAUCACUAGCUUUCUACAUGCCUCAGGAAGCUAUUGGAGGAUAUUACCGGUUUAUAUGGAAUCUCUUCUACGCUGAGUAUUUGUUAUUCCCUUUCUUCUAG